UUCGAACAGAGGUGUGGUUUGCUACAGUACUUCCGGUAUUUUAGUUAUGUUUAGAUUGUUUAUCUUAAGCUGUAUCUGAUUUAACAGUUGCUUGUCCAUUAUUUGAACUAGCGAAAAAUUUUCAACAAUUUGUGUUUUGUAGAAUUCUGAAACUUACAAGAAUGGCAGCUGCCGAUGUUGAAAGAGCACCAGGUCUGACAGAAAAUUUUCGAGGUUUAAAACUCCAAGGUCAUGUUGGAUUUGACAGUUUACCUGAUCAGCUGGUUAAGAGAUCUGUUCAGGAAGGAUUUGCAUUUAAUAUCCUAUGCAUUGGAGAAACAGGUAUUGGGAAGUCUACUUUGAUGGAUUCUUUAUUCAAUACUACAUUUGAUUCGUCCCCAAGUCCUCAUAAUUUACCAGCUGUGAAACUAAAGGCAAAGACUUAUGACCUCCAAGAAAAAAACGUUAAUUUGAAGUUAACAGUGGUUGAUACUGUUGGUUAUGGUGACCAAAUAAACAAAGAAGACAGUUUCAAAGCUAUAGUGGACUAUAUUGAUUCACAAUUUGAAAUGUUUCUUCAAGAAGAACUUAAAAUCAAGAGAUCUCUUGUUACUUACCAUGACACUCGAAUUCAUGCCUGCUUGUAUUUUAUAAGUCCUACUGGCCAUGGCUUAAAAUCUAUUGAUCUUGUAUGUAUGAAGAAGCUGGAUAGUAAAGUGAAUAUUAUACCUAUCAUAGCAAAAGCUGACACUAUAUCUAAGGUGGAGUUACAGAGGUUCAAAAUCAAGAUUAUGAGUGAACUUGUGAGUAACGGUGUGCAGAUAUAUCAGUUUCCCACUGAUGAUGACAGUGUUGCAGAAAUCAAUUCAACCAUGAACGCCCUUCUUCCAUUUGCAGUUGUAGGUAGCACGGAUUUUGUUCGUAUUGGAAAUAAAAUGGUCCGUGCUAGGCAGUAUCCGUGGGGAACUGUGAUGGUGGAGAAUGAAAAUCAUUGUGACUUUGUAAAACUUAGAGAAAUGUUGAUAAGGACCAACAUGGAAGAUAUGAGAGAACAAACGCAUGCUAGACACUAUGAAUUAUACCGCCGAAUGAGAUUGGAACAGAUGGGCUUCUCAGAUAUUGGAGCUGAUAAUAAACCAAUUAGCUUCCAAGAGACUUAUGAGCAGAAACGACAGGAACAUAUUCAAGAAUUGCAGCGAAAGGAAGAAGAAAUACGUCAGAUGUUUGUUGAGCGAGUGAAAGAGAAAGAAGCUGAAUUGAAAGAUGCUGAGAAAGAACUUCAUGCCAAGUUUGAUGCUUUGAAGAAACAGCAUGCAGAAGAGAAGAAAAAACUGGAAGAAGACAGGAAAAAAUUAGAUGAAGACAUUAUGAAUUUGAACAGACGAAAGCAAGCUGUGUUACAAGUGCAAUCGCAAGUCUCAUUUCAGUCUCUCACUCUUGGGAAAAGUAAAAAGAAAUGACGGUUUAAUAACAUUUUCUGCUUCAGAGACUAUUUCAAAGUAUGUCUCUACUCGUGCAGUCAUCUUGUGCUUUCAUCUCAUUGUGAUUUGCAGCAGUAGAAGUAUAAGUUUUCUGCAUUUUAGGAUGUCUUACUAAGCAUCCAUACCUGAUCUGUAUUGCUAUUGUAGUGACUUAAAUGUUUUUGUAUACUUGUGAAUAUUCUCAUUCUUUCUCUUUUUAUUUCUAUAAAUUUCUUCAAGUUAUUUUAUUUGCAUUUUUUUUUCUUUCAUGUUGAUGCACCUUUGCUGUUGGAUGUUCAUAACAUAAAUUUUUAUAUUAUUUUUUCAUGCAUUUUAUCAAUAAACUAGAAUUAAAAGGCUAGUAGUUGUUCAGUCAAUUUUUAUUUUUCUUCUAUAUCCAAUUUGCCUGAAAAUAAGGAUUUAUGGUUCAUUAUUUUGCAUAUGAUAAGUGACUCAAGUAGCAUUUUAUUGCUCCCAUUUUGUUAUCAACUUUGCUAUGAAAUUAUUACAAAUUUUCUGGUAUUCACCUUUGAUAUUUACAAAAUCUCAUUCUUGUUUUAAUGUACAACUGCAGAUUUUUAUCUAUAAUAAUCACGAUGAAAUACAUCUUUAAAACUUUUCAUUCCAACUCUAUUUACUCGGCAUCGAAAGCAUUUUAACUUUAUCAUAGCAAUCUGCUUGAAUUGAUAAUUUAAAAAAUUCAUGAUUUUAAAAAAAGGCAAAAAGAGAAGAAAAUGAAUAAGGGCCGUGUUUGUCCCUAUUUUAUAACUUCCGUAUUGCUGCACCAUCAAGAAAUAGGUCUUUUGAGUGAUACUCAUUCCGUCGAGGUUGAAAGUUUGCCAUCUUUUCUGGAUUUUUAAUUUUAAAAUAUUUUUUCACUGAAAAUCAUAACAAUAUACUUUUAUUAUAUGUUACUGUAAAGAUUUAAUUGCAAAAAGUAUGAAUGCUUUCAUUAAUAAAAUUUAUUAUUAUUUU